UAUACAGUUUGAAAAAUCUAUACAAAGAUAGGAAUUUACAGCACAUACAUAUCCACAAAUAAAUAUGCAUUUGACAAAACACACCGUACGUGUGUCCUAGUCUGUCUGUUCAGUAUCUGUAGUAUCUGUGUCGGGAAUGUUAAUCAGCUUGUGUGUGUGUGUUUGUUUGUUUGUGUACCUUUGUGCACGCUUGAAUGCAUGUUUAAGUGUGUGCAUGUGUGUGUCAGAGUGUCAGUGCUCUGAGGUAAACAGCUGUCACUGUCUCAGUGGUGUGUGUUUCAGGUUGGGGGCAAAGCGGAUGGCGGUUGCUAGGUAACCAGGUAGAAUAGGGCUUGAAUUACACCGGUGUCUCUCCCUGUCCCAAAUGCAGGCACCUCUUUUCCCCGACCUCAUCCGCUCUUUCCUAAAGCUAGACACCCAUCUCUUAUUUUUUGGUGGAGUUUGAGGCCUCUGCGAGGAGAAGCAAUAUAAAACCAACCGAAAAGUACUACAUCUUACAUUUGGAACCUUUUGGAACUCUCUAGAACCUUCCAGAACCUUGAAGAACGUUAGAAUUUUCUGAUCCCUGUUGACGUCUACUAGGAGCCACCUGAGGAACUGAAGCAACUUUUUCGCUUUUCUCCGACUAGUCUGUUGUCUCUACUGGUCUGUACUGGUCUGAACUGGUUGUGUGGUUUGUACUGGUCUGAACUGGUCUGAACUGGUCUGAACUGGUCUGUAGUGGUCAAGAUGCGACGGUUUGUGCUUAAGGCCCUCUGUGCAGCAUUGCUGGUCUUUGCAGUGUUGAGCGCCACUUCCUGUCAGUCGGACUCUUCAGACUGCUCCCAGGCUGAGUCAUGUGACCUGUGUGUUGGAGACUCCACCCUCAACUUGACUGGCUGUGUCUGGAGGGUCUGCGUGAACGGCAAUGAUACUGGGUGUGUGUCCUAUCAGGAUGAUUCUCAGAACUGUAAUGUGACAAGUGAUCCAGACAUGUGUACAGUCAUAGAGAUCGAGGCAGAAGGUAAAGGGGACUCAGAUGGAUCUCCUGCAGAGCCGUCAGAGUUCUCUCAGGCCAGCUUUGACCUGUCCAGUUUCAUUGGAGGCAUCAUCCUGGUGUUGUGUGUCCAGGCCGGGGGCUUCUUCACCAUGCGCUUCCUCAAGAAAGAUGCCACCUACGACCCUAUAGAGCAGCCAGCCUAGAGGAGAGAGAGAAGAGGAGGACAGUGAAGGAUGAAAGAUCGAGGGUGCUGUGACUCACCAUGCUGUCACGAUGCUUUGUAUGACGUCAUGUACCAUACUCCAGUGUCUGUGUGUGUGUGUUGUACUUGUGUGUGUUGUACUUGUGUGUGUGUUGUACUUGUCUGUGUGUCCCAGAUGUGCACCUGUGUACAUUGUUUUGUUUGACGGAUUGUUCAUUAUGUUGUGUAACUCCUGUUUCUCUCUCUCUCUGUGUGUGUGUGUGUGUGUGUGUGUGUGUGUGUGUGUGUGUGUUCUCUUCGUCCCAUCAGGUGGCCUUUCCCUGAUGCCUGUGUGUCUAUUUCUAUUUUCAUAGUCUGAUGUGUUUCACCUGGAUCUAAUAUGAGUGCAGUAUUUACAUUGGGGGUUCAGGUUCCAUGUGUAAUGAAUUGAAUUGUGUUUAAACAUGUUCAGGAGUUAGUUUUGUUGAACUGGUUUGGUUUGAGCUGCAUUCAAGAGGGAGCGGUCUGGGAUCUGUUCUGUGUUGUUUAUGAAAAUAAACACAAUACAAAACAAA